AUGCGGACAUUUGCCUUGACACAGCGUGUGCAAGCGGCUGGCCUUAGGCAUGCCAGGCCUAACCAGAUCGUGACCCGGAGGGGGUUGACAAUCUGGCAUCCACCAAAGUUUGAGAAUGAAAAAAUGCUGAGCUAUUCUAAAGGGUCUUCUGAGAGAGCCCAAUUGGCCGAAACCAUCAAGAAAAUGAAGGGAGAAAUGCCCUUCAAGAUUCCCCUUCAGAUCAAUGGCGCUGCUGUGGAAACCCUCAAAUCCCAAAAGCAAGAAAACCCCUCGAAACAUAGUGAGAUCGUCGCCGAGUAUGCAUCUGCGACACCAGACCAAGUAAACGCUGCAGUGGACGCUGCUCUAAAGGCCAAACCCGCUUGGGAGGCAAUGCCAUUUGAAGACCGUGCUUCCAUCUUCUUGCGCGCGUGUGAGCUCAUCACGGGCAAGUACCGUUCUGAGAUUGUCGCAGCCACCAUGCUGGGGCAAGGCAAGAAUAUCUGGCAGGCUGAAAUCGACGCGCCCGCUGAAACGGUCGACUUUUUCCGCUACUACAUCCAAGAAUGCUGGAAAUUGUUUUCGCUGCAGCCCACAGUGCACCCAGACGGCAAUUGGAACAAGCUGGAGUACCGUCCCCUAGAGGGAUUUGUGUACUCCAUCGCGCCGUUCAACUUCACCGCGCUGGGUGCCACACUGAUCGGCCCUGCCGCCUUGCUUGGAAACGUGGUUAUCUGGAAGCCAUCCGACUAUGCGCUCCAUGCCAGCUGGCUGCUUCACCAGAUCCUUUUGGAGGCGGGUCUGCCCAAAGAUGUGAUCCAAUUCCUGCCAGGUGAUGCGGAACAGGUGACCGACACCAUCUUGAACAGACCGGAAUUUGGCGGUGUGAGCUUCAUUGGGUCUACCCAAGUCUUUAAGGGGCUGCAGAAGAAGAUCGGAAAUAAGGUGGGUGACGGGGUGUACAACUCAUACCCACGUGUGGUUGGUGAAACCGGUGGCAAGAACUGGGGAGUGGUCCACCCGUCGGCGAAUAUCCGCAGUGCUGCGUUAAACACCAUCCGCGGUGCCUUUGAGUACCAGGGUCAGAAAUGCUCAGCCAAUUCACGUGUGUACGUCGCCGAGUCGGCCUGGCCCGAGUUCCAGAAGAACCUGACCGAAGAGCUGGGUAAGCUCAAGGUCGGCAAUGUCGAAGACUACGCCAACUUUAUCAACCCGGUGAUCCACGAGCGCUCAUUCGACAAGCUGAACAAAUUCAUCGAGGACGCCAAAAGUGAUUCGGAGCUGGAGCUUAUCGCGGGUGGGACAGCUUCCAAAGCGGAAGGAUACUACGUCCAACCCACGGUGUACCGGACGAGCAACCCUCGCAAUGAGAUCAUGUCCCGGGAGCUCUUCGGUCCCAUACUCGCAGUGUAUGUCUUCCCGGACAAUGAAUGGGAAAAGACCUUGCAACUGGUAGACACCACCUCUCGGUAUGCCUUGACAGGUAGCAUCUAUGCUCAAGAUCAGUAUGCCUCGCGACAGGCGCAGACAGCACUAAAGCAUGCUGCUGGCAUGUUAUAUCUCAACACUAAGUGCACAGGAUCGACGGUGGCCCAGCAGCCGUUUGGUGGUAGCCGAGACUCUGGCACCAACGACAAGACCGGCACGAUGGCACAUUUGCAGCGAUUUACCAGUGUGAGGACGAUCAAAGAGGAGUUUGUUCCUUUGGAUAGGGUUGAUUAUCCGUCCAAUGAAGUUUGA